AUGGACCGCCUUAAUAGCGAUUUCAACCGCUUGUCAACAUCGGCAAGAGAAUGGACACCAACGAUAACAACGACUCAGGCUCCUCCACGGGGAACAGGGACAGGAUCUUCCGACCAAAGUGCUAAUACUAGCGUGGAAUCAGAUUUGAAUGCAAACGCAGUAAAAGAAUUUGUUCCUGGGAAGGGAUGGAGCGUGGCGUCCUCAAGUGGCUUGCAACAGGCAUCAGAUGCUGGAGUUUCAGGACAAGAAAACCCAUACGAAACACCACUACAUGAAAAAGUAGAAGAAGCGGACCACGAACAAGAGUAUUUGGAGGUUACGCUUCCAGCUGGACCGUCACCGCCACCAUUUCGUGGUAUGCACUCCUUUGGAAUGUCAGAUGAUCUUUGGCGGUGGCACCGCGAUGUUGCACUGGAAAGUCUACGGCAAAUGGAACCUUCCGAUCCAAGGCACAAGGCAAUUCCUCCUCCCUACUGCAAUGCAUACUGUUUGGAUGACCUUCAUCUUCAUAUGCAACAACAAAACAAACAAUCUCAGAGCAGAUCAUCCUUUGGGUACCCUUACGCAACAUUCCAAGUCAUAUCCCGAGAAGAUGGUUACCUUUAUUGUCUCCGACGUUUUGAUAGUGUCAAGUCCGUGUCACACAAAAUUGCCGCUACCGUUUUGGAACAAUGGGCCGCCAUCGAACACCCAAGCCUGGCGACCUUGCACAAGUGUUUUCUCUCCCAACGGGCAGUCUUUUUUGUGCAUCAAUUCAUUCGUGGUUCGGUCAGCGUCCGAGAUCGCUUUUUACUAAUGGGGAAUCAAUACUUGUCGGAAAAUCUUUUGUGGAGUGCCAUUUGUCAAUUGGUGACCUUGAUUCGACGAGUCCAUGGAGCCCGAUUGGCCUUGCGGACCCUCGAUCCCAAACAUGUCUUGGUGCAAAUGGAUUCUAUACGGCUCAAAGUGAUUGUGAAUUGUCCUGGUAUUAUGGAUGCCUUGGAAUUUGAGGCCCGCAAGCCGUUGGCCGAUUUGCAAAUGAUGGACAUGCGACAGCUCGGAUAUUUGAUAUUGAGCAUGGCGACGAGUACUGAGAUUACCGCGAGUACGAAUGCCAAUAUCUUGUUGAAUUGCGAACACUUUUGUUCCCAAAACUUUUCGCGAGACUUGCACAGUUUGUGCAUGACGUUGAUCCGGAGCCCUGCUCCACCCUCCAUUGCGGAAGUGAGCCGGGCCUUGGCAGGGCGCAUCAUGGACGAAUACGACAUUGCUCAAGUGAGCAUGGCACAAAUGGAACGAACACUGGCCGCCGAAUACGAAUCUGGAAGAAUGGCGAGACUCUUGUUCAAGUUGGGCUUUAUCAACGAACGACCCGAGUUUGGCCCCAAUCGUCGCUGGGCGCAAUCGGGUGACUGUUACGUGUUGAGUUUGUUUCGGGAUUAUGUAUUUCACCAAGCGGAUGGGGCUGGAAACCCAGUAAUGGACCUGGGUCAUGUCAUUACCUGUCUGAACAAGUUGGAUGCUUCUGCAGAAGAAAAGAUUGUAUUGUCGUCUCGUGAUGGAAAGUCGUUGAUGGUAGUAACCUACGCGGACGUGGCUAGGUGUUUGGAAGGUGCCUACCACGAGCUCUGUUCUGGGUCUGUACGACAACUUCCAGCAAGAGUUGGCUACUAG